CGCCAGCUCAGCCGGGGAGUUCCACGUCGCAGUCUUGGCGCCUGCGCCCUUAGAAGGAAAAGAGAGGCUGAAAAUGGCGGAAGCCGAUGAACUGACGGUCGGCGAGACUGCGACCAAAUCCGGGUUCCUUGGUCUUUCCGAUGUAUCCAUCUCAGAAGAUAUCCCUGUGGAGGGAGAGAUCACCGUGCCAAUGGCAUCUCACUCCCAGGAUGAAGACUAUUCUACUUUAGAUGAACCUGUUAGAGAAACCAUUAUUCGAGACCUGAAGGCUGUUGGGAAAAAAUUUGUUCAUGUCAUGUACCCUAAAAAAAGCAAUGCACUCUUGAGAGAUUGGGAUCUCUGGGGUCCUUUAGUCCUUUGUGUUUCACUUGCACUGAUGCUACAGGGAGGCUCUGCAGAUAGUAAAGAAGAUGGUGGACCCCAGUUUGCCGAAGUUUUUGUCAUCAUCUGGUUUGGUGCGGUUGUCAUAACACUAAAUUCAAAACUUCUUGGGGGGACCAUAUCGUUCUUUCAGAGUCUCUGUGUCUUGGGUUACUGUGUCUUGCCCUUAACAGUGGCUAUGCUGGUGUGCCGACUGGUACUUCUGGCUAGUAUGGGGCCUAUCAACUUCCUUAUCCGGCUUAUCGUGGUGAUUGCGAUGUUUGCCUGGUCUACCUUAGCAUCCACAGCAUUCCUGGCUGAUAGCCAGCCUCCAAAUCGAAAAGCCCUUGCUGUGUACCCCAUCUUCCUCUUCUACUUUGUUAUCAGCUGGAUGAUUCUCACCUUUACACCUCAUUAAACCAGGACGCAAGAGAAGCCAAAGAGCCCCAGCAGAACAGAAGACUCCACCUCCGCUUUAGGCCUUUGCCUCCGGUCUCUCCUUUCUUGACUAUCCAAGGGAGCCUGGAUGUGGUGAAGGGGGUGGAGGUGGCGGUAGGGGUUGAGGGGCAAGAGAAAGCCAAGGUUGUGCAGCAACACCAGCACUUUGGUAAAAAGCAAUUGCUUGGCAGGGUUUGUACUUUGAUCUUUCUUAAUAUGAUUGUUUCUUUAAAAUACACAUACAGCCAAAGUACUACCCUGUUCAAGGAUUAUGGUUCACUGUGUCAUGUGUGCAUGUGUGUGUAUGAGGGGUGGCUACAGGAAUGACACGAUGAUCGAUCGCUCAUCGAGAUGGCCACCGAAGUCAAGUUCAUACAACACCAAUUCACGUACAGCUUUCUCUUUCAAACAUACUGCCUUAUCACCUUUGGGGUAUUUCUGUCUUUUGGCAAGGGAGGGUUAUCGCUCUGUCUUUUUGUCGUCUUCCGUUCCUUUUCCCUUUCCCCUUUUUGGAUAUCUGGAGGAGUAAGGGGACAUUCCUAGAACAUGUGGAAAAGGAAAACGCUUGAAUUGAAAUUCAAGUUGUACUCUAUAAAGAUAUUGGACAGGCCGCUUUCCUUUGAAAAGCACAUGUGGAGAACCCUGUCUUUUUUGGACCAUAAACCUCUGACUGUCUCUGUGCAUAUGCAUAUUUCAGUCAUGCCAUGUGUUCUAACAAAAGCAUGCCAGCCUCUUGGUAACCCUCCAGCUCCUUAUCUCCCUCUUUAUCCCUGAAUGUGCAUGCUAGGCUAUUAGGAGCCAGCAUGGAAUUUUCCUUGGGCUAAAGCAAUCAGUGUUGAAACCCUUGAACUUCCCCUAGUAGAAGACUUUGGAAAAUGUAGGUAGGCAGGUCACUAAUGCACAUUUGUAUCACUGUGUAAUAAGCACACUCUUUUAACUGCAAAGGGGGACGUUUGGAAUAUAGCAUAACUAUAAGAAAUCCCUUCCUCCUCAAUGGAACUUAUCCCGGUGGGAGGUCUGGAAGGUGUAGACAAAAACCAGGUGUAGGCAAAAACUAGGAGCUUUAAAAACUAGGAUGUAGCUUUAAAAUCCACGAAGGCAUUUCAUGUCUUCAUGGCUGCCCGACUAGAGAAUUCAAGCAGGAGCACAUUUUUCACUGGACCCCUUCCUGGUGGGGAACAGCUUUCCUUUAGCUGUAGACUUACUUUCUAGGUAAAGAGGACCUUAUUUAGCUGUAUACUCUUUGUCCAGCUUUACUUACGCUCUCGGAUAUUUAUCCUAGAGAGAUGGCAAGGCUUUGCAAAAGCAUUUGGGGGCGAGGCUGG